AUGAUAACAGCAAGAAUUCAUUCAGGGCAGGCAUUCUCGACCGUCAUCAAAAUGGAGUUUCUACCGGGCAGAGGGAAGUUGACCCAGGGGCAAAACCAGGUGUUAACCGACUUUACCUUGGCAUUUGCCAACCAUUUCCCCAACAUCCUGUUAAGUCCCUCCUAUUCUCAUCCCCUGGCCUUCCAGAAGCCCCAAGACAGCAACUUAUCAGUCCUGCUUCCCCAGAUAGAUAGUGGGUUUUUUCCCAUUAGAACUUUCCUGUGGGUUAUCUCAGGCUAUGGAGAGCAGCUCAUCUCUGAGAUCUAA